ACGGUGCACUCGCCGCACACGAUCCAUCCUCCAUCGCUCUCUACUUCGUCGUUCUCCACCAUCUUCUCUUCUCUGUUUCUGUUCUGUUCCACUCGCGACAUAGAAAUCAAUCACAACGCACUUAACCGAAUCUCCGAAGCGUUCGUUGUAACCGAAAUCCGGUGCACCGAGAGAGAUCUGAAUGAGGGAUACGAAUCUGGAGUUGCAGGAAUCGGGUUGGGAGGAGCUGCGCAAGGAAGCGCGCAAGAUCGAGGGUGAUCUCGACGUCAAGCUCUCCUCCUACGCCAAACUCGGCGCUCGUUUCACCCAAGGAGGUUCAGGUUAUGUAGAUAGUGGUUCACCACCUAUUGGGUCCAGUAGGUCUUGGAAGUCCAUGGAAAUGGAAAUCCAGUCUUUACUCGAGAAACUGUUGGACAUAAAUGAUUCAAUGAGUAGAUGUGCUGCAUCUGCUGGGCCAGCUACUUCUGUAACUCAGAAGUUGGCUAGGCACAGAGACAUUCUUCAUGAGUUUACCCAGGAAUUUAGACGUAUCAAGGGGAACAUAAACUCAAUGAGGGAACAUGCAGAGCUUUUGAGUUCUGUCAGGGAUGAUAUUACUGACUUUAAGACAUCAGGAAGUAUGUCACCAAGGAUGCAGUUACUACGUGAGAGAGCUUCCAUCCAUGGAAAUAUAUCUCAUAUAGAUGACGUGAUUAGUCAAGCUCAAGCAACAAGGGCUGUGUUGGGUUCUCAGAGAACAUUGUUUACUGAUGUUCAAGGAAAAGUGAAGGUUCUUGGUGACAAGUUCCCCAUGAUUCGUAGCCUGCUUGGUUCGAUAAGAAGGCGGCGCUCGAGGGAUACUCUUAUUCUGUCAGCAGUAAUUGCUGCUUGUACGUUGUUUCUCAUCAUUUAUUGGCUCUCAAAGUAACUAUUUUGUAACACAAAUUAUGAAUUAUGGUACUUCUGUCCAUUGAAUUUUUCUGCUUUGUUAUUGUUUUCCAUUUGUUUUUUAGAGAGGGGGAAGAGUAGGAUUUUUUUUUUCAAUCCACUGUGUAGACGCCUCAUAUUUGUAUCAGUUGUUGGCAUUAAAUUUUAUUUGACUAAGAUUUUGAUAUAAAUCAUUAUCAAAUAGCAAAAUUCCACAUUGGUUCUGGUCU